AUGGACAAGAUCAACAACGCCGCCAACUACGUCUCUGACACCGUCAAGGGUGCUGUCUCUACCGGCUCCAAGGAGGCCAACAAGGAGGUCGCCAAGGACAACAACGCCAGCGUUGGCACUCGUCUUUCCGCCGGCAAGGACGCCAUUGGUGACAAGAUCGACGAGCAGAAGCACAACACUUCCGCCGACGUCAACAAGGAGGCUGCCAAGCACUAA